AUGGCCGAAGUCGCCUCGCAAGGACCAACUCCGGCCAACAAGAGCGAGCCUGUGCCACUCGACACCAUCCCAGUGUCCCCCAACGGCGCCAUGACGGACGUCACCAACGGCAGCGACAAGUUUGACGACGGCGAGAAGAUUGUGACCGUCUUCGACGACCCGUCCAACUUCAACGUCAAGCACCAGCUGCAGCACACCUGGACCCUGUGGUUCACCAAGCCCCCGACCGGCAAGCAGGACUGGAGCGAGCUGCUCAAGGAGGUCAUCAGCUUUAACAGCGUUGAGGAGUUCUGGGGCAUCUACAACAACAUCACGCCAGCCUCAGAGCUCGCACAGAAGUCCGACUACCACCUCUUCAAGCAAGGUGUGCGUCCGGAAUGGGAGGACUCACAGAACAAGCACGGCGGCCGCUGGCACUACACCUUCAAGAACAGCAAGGCCAGCGACGAGACCUGGCUGAACAUCAUGCUCGCCGCCAUCGGUGAGAUGCUCGAGGAGGAGCAGGACAACGAGGUCAUGGGCGUGGUCAUCAACAUCCGCAAGGCCUUCUGGCGUGUUGGGCUCUGGACCAGGACGGCCGGCCAGCCACCGAAGGGCAAGAACGCCGAUGCCGCUGCUGAUAAGGAUGAGCCGCGCAAGAGGCUGGAGCGGAUCGGGAAGAACUUCAAGGAGGUGCUUGCGCUGCCGGCACAGGAGCAGGUCGAGUUCAGUGGGCACGCUGACUCGGCGCACUCGGGCAGCAGCAGGGCGAAGGCGAAGUACACUGUCUGA